AUGGAACAGGCAAAGGAGGCAGUGGAGAAGGUGGCAGAGGGCGUUAAAAAUGUUGCCAUUGGAGAGAAGAAACCAAAGGCACCCAAAGCACCCAAAGCACCAAAACCAAAGAAGGAAAAGGGAGGGGAUAGUGGGGUAGAUGCCGGACCUUUGGAACUCAACCCAGCGCCAGAAUUUAUUGCUCAUCGCAUAGCGGUUUUUGACAAGUUGAAGGCCAAAUACGAUGCGAAGAUUGCUGCGAAAGUAAGAGAGCCCAUCACCAUUACUCUUGCCGAUGGAAGUAUCAAGGAGGGUAUCGCGUGGGAGACCACACCUGCGCAAAUCGCAGAGGGGAUUUCGAAGAGUCUUCUUAAGCGUACGGUUGUUGCGAAAUUAAACGGAGAUUCUGAGCAGUUAUGGGAUUUGGAGAGACCUCUGGAGAAGGACUGCAAACUUGAGUUGCUUCCUUUUGAGAACGAGGAGGGCAAAAGAGUCUUUUGGCAUUCUAGUGCUCACAUCUUGGGUGAAGCUUCAGAGAGACGAUUCGGUUGCAGUUUGUGUAUUGGUCCUCCAAUCGACAACGGUUUCUAUUAUGAGAUGGGCCUACCAAAUCAGGGAGCAGUUACUCAGGAGGAUUGGCAGCCAUUGGAGAAAUUAGUCGGGCAGAUUGUAAAGGAGAAGCAAAAGUUCGAGCGACUGGUUCUUUCUAAAGACGAUCUUCUAGAGAUGUUCAAGGACAACAAAUACAAGCAGCACAUCAUUAAAGACAAGAUCGCGGAUGGAACUGACACCACUGUCUACCGUAAUGGGCCUCUCAUCGAUUUGUGUCGAGGCCCUCACGUCCCCAAUACUGGCAGAAUCGAGACAUUUGCUAUCAUGAAGAACUCAGCUUCAUACUUCCUCGGAAAUAAGGAGAAUGACUCUUUGCAGAGAAUCUAUGGUGUAUCAUUCCCAGAUAAGAAGCAAAUGGCCGAGCACAAAAAGUUUUUGGAGGAGGCUGCCAAACGUGAUCACAGAAAAAUCGGUAAGGACCAAGAACUAUUCUUCUUCCACGAAAUGUCUCCUGGAUCUGCAAUGUGGUUACCCCACGGUACUCGUAUCUAUAAUACUAUCCAAGCCUUCCUUAGAGAGCAAUACUGGAAUCGUGGCUACAACGAAGUCAUCACGCCAAAUAUGUACAACUCCGAGCUCUGGAAGACCUCUGGUCAUUGGGCAUACUACAAGGAUGACAUGUUCACGUUCCCAGUUGAGAAAGAUGUCUUUGCUUUGAAGCCCAUGAACUGUCCUGGCCAUUGCUUAAUGUUUGGACACCGUGAGCGUAGUCAUAGAGAAUUGCCAUGGCGAGUUGCAGACUUUGGUGUUCUUCAUCGUAACGAAGCAUCGGGUGCGUUGACCGGUUUGACAAGAGUCCGAAGGUUCCAACAAGAUGAUGCCCAUAUCUUCUGUAGGGAAGACCAAAUCAAGGAUGAAAUCACGGGUUUGUUUGAUUUCCUCAAGACUGUCUACGGUCUUCUGGGGUUCACCUUCAAGCUGAAGCUUUCUACUCGCCCAGAAAAGUUCUUGGGUCAAAUCGAGACCUGGGAUAUGGCAGAGGAUAAGCUCCGAUCUGCAUUAGACGAAUUUGCGGCAACACCUGGUGGAGCACCAUGGGAGCUCAACGAAGGUGACGGCGCUUUCUAUGGGCCAAAGAUUGAUAUCACCAUCUGUGAUUGUCUCAAGAGAGAGUGGCAAUGCGCUACCAUUCAGCUUGACUUCCAGUUACCUCAAAAUUUCGGUCUUGAAUACAAUACCGGUGAUGUCCCAACAAAGAAGGAAGAAGAGGCCAUCAAGGAACCAGUCGUCAAAGCAAAGAAGGACACCGAACCAGAGGAUCCAAAUGCCCCUCCAAAGGAGAGAGUAUACAAGGCACUUACCCCUGGUUGCGCUAGACCAGUCAUGAUUCACCGAGCAAUGGCAGGUAGUAUUGAACGUUUCACAGCCAUCUUAAUCGAGCAUUUCGGCGGAAAAUGGCCCUUCUGGUUGAGUCCUCGACAAAUCCUCGUCAUUCCCGUCGGUGUUGGCUACUUUGAGUAUGCAAAGGAGGUUCAAUCCAUCUUCCACAAACAGCAAAUGUUCAUCGAUGUUGACCUCAGUGGCAACACUCUUCAAAAGAAGAUUCGUACAGGUCAAUUAGCACAAUACAACUUUAUUUUUGUUGUCGGCGAUACAGAAAUGAAGGGUCGCGAAGUCAAUGUCAGAAAUCGUGAUGAUACAUCGAGUCAAGAUAGAGGAAAGCCCGUUUCAUUACAAGAGGCAAUUGAAAAGCUCACAGCACUUCGUGAUGAGCGAAGAUCAGAUAAUCCCUUCCCGGGUGAAGCAAAAGCUAUCGAAGCACCUGCGGCAACUGCUGCUUAG